AUGGCAAACAAGAAAGCAGAAUGGAAUAACGCCAUGAAGAACGAGGGUCUGGACGACAUGACUUUGUUGUCCAAGGUCACCAAUGACCAGAUCCUCGAGAACUUGAAGAAGCGUUUCGAGAAGGAUAUCAUCUACACGAGCAUUGGCGACGUGCUCAUCUCGGUCAACCCCUUCAAGCCCAUACCAAUCUACACGGACGAGAUCCUGCACGAGUACGAGGGCAAGUCGCGUAUCGAGCUGCCGCCCCACGUCUUUGGCAUUGCCGAGCAGACCUACCGUUCGAUGAUCAACGAGAAGGAGAACCAGUGUGUCAUCAUUUCGGGUGAGUCGGGCGCCGGCAAGACCGAGGCCGCCAAGAAGAUCAUGCAGUACAUCGCCGCCGUCAGUGGCGAGCACGGCAGCUCCAGCAACAAGAAGGUCGAACACGUCAAGUCCAUCAUCCUCGAGACCAACCCGCUGCUCGAGGCGUUUGGUAACGCCAAAACGCUGCGUAACAACAACUCAUCGCGUUUCGGCAAGUACUUUGAGAUCCAGUUCAACGGCAAGAACGAGCCCGAGGGAGGCAAGAUCACCAACUACCUGCUGGAGAAGUCGCGUGUCGUCUUCCAGCUGAACGGCGAGCGUAACUUCCACAUCUUCUACCAGUUCUGCCGCGGCGCCACCAAGAAGGAGCAGGACGAGUUUGGCAUCUACGGCCCCGAGAACUUUGCCUACUUGACCAAGGGUAACACGCUGGACAUUGACGGCGUCGACGAUGUCGAGGAGUUUGCCGCCACACGUAACGCCAUGAACGUCAUUGGUAUCACGGCGCAGGAGCAGUACAACAUAUUCAAGCUGAUAUCCGGUAUCCUCUGGGUCGGCAACAUCGACUUCACGGAGCAACCGGGUGACAAGUGUGUCGUUUCAGAUAAGUCCGUGUUGGACUUUGCUGCUCAGCUCCUGGACGUGCCAGCCAACUUCCUCAAGACCGCUCUCGAGUUCCGUCAACUGGAGACCAAGCACGGCAAUCAGCGUGGUACCCAAUACAACGUGCCUCUCAACAAGGCUCAGGCCAUCUCUGGUCGUGACGCCCUUGCCAAGGCCAUCUACGACCGUCUCUUCAACUGGCUCGUUAUCCGUGUCAACCAAGCCAUGGCCACAACCACAACCGGUCUAAUGAUUGGUGUCCUAGAUAUUUAUGGAUUCGAGGUAUUCGAUCGUAAUGGAUUCGAGCAGUUCUGUAUCAACUAUGUGAAUGAGAAGUUGCAACAGAUCUUUAUUGAGUUCACGCUCAAGAUGGAGCAGGAGGAGUACGUGCGCGAGGGUAUCAAGUGGGAGCCCAUCCAGUACUUUGAUAACAAGAUCGUAUGUGAGCUGAUCGAGGGCAAGAACCCACCUGGUAUCUUCUCCAUCUUGGAUGAUGUGUGCCGUGCCGUCCACUCACAGACUGACGGUGCCGACAAGUCGCUGCUGCAGCGUAUCUCUGUCUGCUCGUCCAACCCUCACUUUGACUGCAGAGGCAAUGCCUUCUGUGUUAAGCAUUAUGCCGGAGACGUCAUCUACGAAGGCCCAGGUAUGAUCGAGAAGAACAAGGACACUCUGCUCAAGGACCAUCUCGAGCUGUUGCAGAUCUCCACCAACAAGUUCCUUGUGGGCCUGUUCCCAGAUGUGAUCGACCCCGACUCAAAGAAGCUGCCCACCACUGCCGGUUUCAAGAUCAAGACUCAGGCCAACGACCUUGUCACCACCCUGAUGAAGGCCACACCUCACUACAUUCGUUGUCUCAAGUCCAACGAUAUCAAGACACCCAACGUCUUUGAUGGCCCACGUGUGCUCCAUCAGAUCAAGUAUCUGGGUCUGCUUGAUAACAUCAAGGUGCGUCGUGCUGGUUUCGCCUACCGUACCUUCUUCCAGAAGUUCAUGGAGCGUUACUACCUGCUCUCCGACAAGACCUGUUACGCCGCCAACAACAUUUGGAAGGGCGAUGCGCUCGGCGGUUGCCGCGCCAUUCUCGCCUCGCAGAACGUCGAGACGGGCCAGUACCAGAUCGGUAAGACCAAGAUCUUCAUCAGGUAUCCCGAGAUGCUGUUCGCGCUCGAAGAGACACGUGAGCGCUACUGGCACGACAUGGCGUCGCGUAUCAAGAACGCCUACCGUACCUACAAGGCCUUCCAGUACGAGUGCUCCAACCGUAUUAAGAACGCCUUUAGGAACUAUAAGCUCUACCGUCAGCGUUGUGCCCAGACCAUCCAGGGCUACUACCGCGCUUGGAAGCAGGCCUCGCCCUUCUUCGACCUGCGCAUGCAGACCGAGCAGGUGAUCGGUGGCCGCAAGGAGCGUCAACGUUUCUCCAUGAUCAGCGUGCGCAAGUACUUUGGUGACUACCUGGACGUUCGUGCACAGAACUACCUUCUGGACGCGAUGGCCGAAGGCAGGAACGAGGAGGUGAUCUUCUCGGCCAAGUGCCAGAUCAUCGUCCAUCCACUGCUCUCUGCCAACAAGAUGAGCCCGCGUUUCCUCAUCGUCACCAAGCAGGCCAUCUACCUGAUCAAGCUCAAGCAGAAGAAGAACCUGGCCCAGUACCUGCUCGACCGUCGUCUGCCUCUGGCCGAGGUGCAGACCUUCUCCAUGUCCAACUUGGGAGACAACUAUAUAUUCGUGCGCGCGCCAAUGGUUGGCGACAUUGCCCUGUGCUGCGACUUCAAGACCGAGCUCAUGGCCCAGAUCAACAAGCAAAAGGGCUCGCAGCUCUCCCUGUUUGUUGGAGCCGACGUCGAGUACCACAAGAAGAAGAACAGCAACAACACAUGCAAGUUUGUCAAGGACGAGAUGCACAAGGAGCCAAUGUUCAAGAAGAACACUGUACAUAUAGCAUCAGGCCUGCCAGGUUCUACUGGAAUCAACAAGGUCAGGAAGAACCCCAGCAGGAAUCUCAGCUCGGGCAAUGGCGGUGGCAGCGGUAUGCCCAAGAAGAUGCCCGCGCCUGGCUCUGCUCCAAUGAAGCCACCCGGAGGUGGCGGCAGAGGCAUGCCAAUGCCCAACCCAGGCGGCCUUAAGAAGAGCGCUCCAAUGCCAAACCCAGGCGCUGGCAAGCCUGCAGGCAAGCCAGCUGCUGGAGGCAGAGGAAUGCCACUGCCAACACCAGGCGUCGGUGCACCAAAGCCAGCCGCCGGUGGUCCACCCCCAGGCCAACCAAUGGCCAAGCCAGCAGGAGGCAGAGGUAUGCCACUGCCAACACCUGGCGCUCCCAAGCCAGCUGGUGCUCCAGCCGGUGGCCGUGGCACGCCACUCCCAACACCUGGCGCUCCAAAGCCAGCCGGUGCUCCAGCCGGCGGACGCGGCACGCCACUCCCAUCUCCAGGUAGUGCCAAGCCUGCUCAGGGCGGACGCGGUACCCCUUUGCCAACACCAGGUGCGCCCAAGCCAGCUGCACCAAAACCUGCCGCCCCCAAGCCCUCAGCACCAGCAGCACCACUCUACAAGGCAGUCUAUGACUACGAUGCGCAACAGCCAGACGAGCUCACCUUCAAGGAGAACGACAUGAUUACAUUGAUCAAGAAGGUCGAUAGCGAUUGGUGGCAAGGAGAACUCCGUGGCAAGUCAGGAAUGUUCCCAUCCAACUACGUCGAGAUGGCUCAGUAG